CGUAUGUGUGUGAGUGUGUGUGCGGCCGAGGGGAGGGCCGCCGCCGCCGCCGACGAUGCCGCGGGGCCGCCCCCCGAAGCCCAAGGAGAGCAAGGCGCGCGGCGACACCGAUGGAGUUUUAACAUUGAAUGCGGAGAAUGCUAAUUAUGCCUAUCAAGCGCCAAACUUCCGUAAAUGUGAAACCUGUCUGCUAUCUUUUCCAAAAGAGUCCCAGUUCCAGCGCCACAUGAGGGACCACGAGCGGAACGACAAGCCACAUCGAUGCGACCAGUGCCCCCAAACCUUUAAUGUUGAAUUCAACCUGACCCUGCACAAAUGUACCCACAAUGGGGAGGACCCUACCUGUCCUGUGUGUCACAAGAAAUUCUCCAGAGUGGCCAGUCUCAAAGCGCACAUUAUGCUGCAUGAGAAGGAGGAGAACCUCAUCUGCCCCGAGUGCGGGGACGAGUUUGCCCUGCAGAGCCAGCUGGCCGCCCAUCUGCAGGAGCACCGGCAGGAGCUGGCCGGUGGCCGCGCCCACACCUGCAAGGCCUGCGGGAAGGAGUGCGCCGCGGCGCCGCAGCUGCGGGAGCACCUGAAGAGCCACCACAGAAUCAGGAUGUCCAGCACCAGGUCGUACAACCGGAACGUCGACAGGAGCGGGUUCACCUACUCGUGCCCACACUGCGGGAAGACGUUCCAGAAGCCGAGCCAGCUCACGCGGCACGUGAGGAUACACACAGGCGAAAGGCCCUUCAAGUGCAGCGAGUGCGGGAAAGCCUUUAACCAGAAGGGGGCGCUGCAGACGCACAUGAUCAAGCACACAGGUGAAAAGCCGCACGCCUGUGCCUUCUGUCCUGCUGCCUUUUCUCAGAAGGGGAACCUGCAGUCCCACGUGCAGCGAGUGCACUCGGAGGUCAAGAAUGGCCCUACCUAUAACUGCACGGAGUGCAGCUGUGUGUUUAAGAGUCUGGGCAGCUUGAACACGCACAUCAGCAAGAUGCACAUGGGCGGGCCGCAGAGCGCCGCCAGCUCCGCAGAGACGGCGCACGUCCUCACGGCCACGCUGUUUCAGACGUUGCCUCUUCAGCAGACGGAGGCCCAGGCUGCGUCGGGCCCGGGCCAGCCGAACUCCCAGGCGGUGACCGACGUCAUCCAGCAGCUGCUGGAGCUCUCAGACCCGGGGCCGGCCGAGCCCAGCCAGGCCCCGCAGCCGGGCCAGCAGCUCAGCAUCACGGUGGGCAUCAGCCAGGACAUCCUGCAGCAAGCCUUAGAAAACAGUGGGCUGUCUUCAAUUCCAGCUGCAGCACACCCCAGCGACCCCAGCCACGCCAAGACUGCCGUGCCGGGCCAGGACCCGGACCUCCCCGACGCGCCCCGCGAGCCAGCUGACCCUGCCGACGCGGAGCCGGAGAAGGAGCAGGAGAGCCCAGAGAAGCUGGACAGAAAGGAGAAGAGGCUCCUCAAGAAGAAGUCACCGUUUCUCCCUGGCUCCAUCCGCGAGGAGAACGGGGUCCGCUGGCACGUGUGUCCCUACUGCACCAAGGAGUUCCGGAAGCCCAGCGACCUGGUCCGGCACAUCCGCAUCCACACGCACGAGAAGCCCUUCAAGUGCCCGCAGUGCUUCCGCGCCUUCGCGGUGAAGAGCACGCUGACCGCGCACAUCAAGACGCACACGGGCAUCAAGGCCUUCCAGUGCCAGUACUGCCUGAAGAGCUUCUCCACUUCCGGGAGCCUCAAAGUGCACAUCCGCCUGCACACAGGAGUCAGGCCCUUUGCUUGUCCUCACUGUGACAAAAAGUUCCGGACCUCCGGCCACAGGAAGACGCACGUGGCUUCCCACUUCAAGCACUCCGAGCUGAGGAAGAUGCGGCACCAGCGGAAGCCGGCCAAGGUCCGAGUGGGCAAGGCCGGCGCCCCCGUCCCCGACAUUCCCUUGCAGGAGCCGAUCCUCAUAACCGACGCAGGUCUCAUCCAGCCCAUUCCGAGAAGCCAGUUUUUCCAGAGCUACUUCAACAGCAGCUUCGUGAGCGAGGCGGACCGGCCGUACAAGUGCUUCUACUGCCACCGAGCGUACAAGAAGUCCUGCCACCUCAAGCAGCACAUCCGGUCGCACACUGGCGAGAAGCCCUUCAAGUGCUCUCAGUGUGGGCGAGGCUUCGUCUCCGCGGGCGUGCUCAAAGCCCACGGCAGGACGCACACGGGGCUGAAGUCCUUCAAGUGCCUCGUCUGCAACGGGGCCUUCACCACGGGGGGCAGCCUGCGGCGGCACAUGGGCAUCCACAACGACCUGCGGCCCUACAUGUGUCCCUACUGCCAGAAGACCUUCAAGACCUCCCUGAACUGCAAGAAGCACAUGAAGACCCAUCGCUACGAGCUCGCGCAGCAGCUGCAGCAGCACCAGCAGGCCGCCUCGCUCGACGGCAGCGCCAUGGACCAGCAGGGCGUGCACGUGUCCACGCAGAUGCAGGUCGAGGUCGAGAGCGCUGAACUGCAGCCGCCUGCAGACGCCGUCGCCGCGAACCCCGAGGCCAUGUUGGACCUGGAGCCGCAGCACGUGGUGGGCGCGGAGGACGAGGGGCUGGGCCAGCCGUUGGCAGAGCCGCCUCUGGAGGCCGAUGAAGACAGGUUCGGGGCUCCGCAGCACACACUGCCAGGGCCCAUGGACCAGUUCGCGGAGCAGGCCCCCGCGCAGCAGCCCUUCGAGCCGGCCGGCCUGGCGCAGGGUUUCGCGGUGACGGACAGCUACAGCCAGCCGGCCCCGUUCCCGCCCGUGCAGCAGCUGCAGGACUCCAGCGCGCUGGAGGCGCAGGCCCUGUCCGCCAGCUUCCACGGGCAGGGCCUGCUGCCCGUGCCCGGCUCCGAGCCCGCUGCCGGGACGACGCCUUUGAUGCAAGAGCCGUCCCAAGAGGAGCUGGACCUGCCGGCGCCCCGCCGCCCAUUCCUAGAGGACAGCGAGGACCAGAGCCGGCGCUCCUACAGGUGCGACUACUGCCACAAGGGCUUCAAGAAGUCCAGCCACCUGAAGCAGCACGUGCGCUCGCACACCGGGGAGAAGCCCUACAAGUGCAAGCUCUGCGGGCGCGGCUUCGUCUCCUCCGGCGUGCUCAAGUCCCACGAGAAGACACACACAGGCGUGAAGGCCUUCAGCUGCAGCGUGUGCCGCGCGGCGUUCACCACCAACGGCAGCCUCACCCGGCACAUGGCGACGCACGUGAGCCUGAAGCCCUACAAGUGCCCGCUCUGCGAGCAGGGCUUCCGCACGGCCGUCCACUGCCGACAGCACGUGAGGAGGCACCAGGCGGGCCCCUGCGCCCCCUCGGCGCCCGCGGAGGCCAGCGAAGGGGCAGGCGGGUCUGACCCGUUCCUCGUGCUUCGUUUAGACGUGUGCGUGGAGGAGGAGGAGGAAAAUCCUGAGAGAGGCGCGUGGAGGAAGGUGCGUCCCGAGGUCAUCACCUUCACGGAGGAGGAGACGGCGCAGCUGGCCAAGACCCAGCCCCAGGAGAGCGCCACCGUCUCGGAGCAGGUGCUGGUGCAGUCGGCCGCCGAGAAGGACCGCGUCAGCGAGCUGAAGGACCGGCAGGCCGAGCUGGAGGCCGAGCCCAGGUUCGCCAACCGCUGCUCCUACUGCCCCAAGAGCUUCAAGAAGCCCAGCGACCUCGUCAGGCAUGUGCGCAUCCACACCGGGGAGAAGCCGUACAAGUGCGACGAGUGUGGGAAGAGCUUCACCGUGAAGUCCACGCUGGAUUGCCACGUGAAGACGCACACAGGUCAGAAGCUCUUCAGCUGCCACGUGUGCCGCAACGCCUUCUCCACCAAGGGCAGCCUGAAGGUGCACAUGCGCCUGCACACGGGGGCCAAGCCCUUCAAGUGCCCGCACUGCGAGCUGCGCUUCCGCACGUCCGGCCGCAGGAAGACGCACAUGCAGUGCCACUGCAAGCCCGAGCCCAGGAAGGCCCGGCGGCCGGUGACCCGCAGCGCCUCCGAGGGGCUGCAGCCUGCCGGCCUGCUGAGCCCCGCCCCCGCCGACCCCAGCGUGCUGAUCAUGAACAGUUCGGUCCUGACCGGCCAGUUCGAGCCCAGCCUGCUGCAGCCCGGGCUGGUGGGCCCAGCCGUCCUCCCCGGCCCUGUGUCAGCCGGCAGUGACUGGACGGUGUCCCUGACCGAUGGGAGUCUGGCCGCCCUGGAGGGCAUCCAGCUGCAGCUGGCGGCCAACGUGGUCGGGCCCAACGUGCAGAUCUCUGGGAUCGACGCCUCCGGCAUCAACAACAUCACACUGCAGAUCGACCCCAGCGUUCUGCAGCAGACCCUGCAGCACAGCAGCCUGCUCGCCCAGCCGCUGGCGGGGGAGGCGGCCGGGGCCCCGCACGGCAGCUCCCUGCAGGCCACGGACGGCGCGGGGCCGGCCAGCGUCGUCAUCCAGCCCAUCGCGGGCCUGUCCCUGCAGCCCACCGUGACCUCUGCCAACCUAACCAUCAGCCCCAUGGCGGAGGACUCUGUGCUGACCACCAGCAGCGGCGGGACUCCAGAGCUCGCUCAGGUGAUGUCGUCCCAGGGCCUGGUGUCCGCUGGCAGCGGCCCCCACGAGAUCACGCUGACCAUCAACAACUCGAGCCUCAGCCAGGUCUUGGCCCAGGCCGCCGGGCCCGCCGCGUCGGCCUCGGGGUCCCCGCAGGAGAUCACCCUCACGAUCUCCGGUCAGGACCUCCUCCAGCACAGUCCCGGCGGGGGCGGCGAGCUGAACGGGACCAUCAGGCUGUCCGCGCCGGCCGUCGGGAGUCAGCCCGCCGGCGCCACCCUGACGAUCAGCAACGACCAGCUCCUGGCCCAGACCGCGACGCUGACCUCCUCAGAGCUCAGCGCUGCGGCUGGCGGCCUCCCCUGCACCGCCCCGGCGUCCCCGCCGGCCAUCUCCGCGCAGAACCUGGUCAUGUCUUCCUCAGGAGUCGGGGGCGAGGCCAGCGUCACCCUGACCCUGGCCGACACGCAGGGCUUGCUCUCUGGAGGACUGGACACAGUCACACUCAACAUCGCUUCUCAGGGCCAGCAGUUCCCGGCCCUGCUCACCGACCCCUCGCUCGCGGGCGCCGGGGGAGCCGGCUCGCCGCAGGUCAUCCUCGUGAGCCACACCUCCCAGCCUGCAGCUGCCGCCUGCGAGGAGAUCUUCCAGGUGACCGACGUCUCUGCCCACCUGGCGCCGCCGCCCGAGAAGGAGGGCCGACUGCACCCGUGCGCGGAGUGUGGCCGCAGCUUCGCCUCCUCGGCCCUGCUGCUGCAGCACAGCAAGGACGCGCACGGGCGUGAGCGCAUCCAUGUGUGCCCCGCCUGCAGCAAGGCCUUCAAGCGGGCCACCCACCUCAAGGAGCACAUGCAGACCCACCAGGCAGGCCCCUCCCUGAGCUCGCAGAAGCCCCGAGUGUUCAAGUGCGACACCUGUGAGAAGGCCUUCGCCAAGCCGAGCCAGCUGGAGCGGCACAGCCGCAUCCACACGGGGGAGCGGCCCUUCCAGUGCACGCUGUGCGAGAAAGCCUUCAACCAGAAGAGCGCGCUGCAGGUGCACAUGAAGAAGCACACGGGCGAGCGGCCCUACCGGUGCCACUGCUGCGCCGUGGGCUUCACCCAGAAGAGCAACAUGAAGCUGCACAUGAAGCGGGCGCACAGCUACCCCGGAGGCUUGCAAGAGCCCGCCGGUGCCCAGGAGCAGGGCGUGGAGGAGCUGGGCCAGACCCUGCACCUGGAGGAGGUGGUGCCCGAGAGCGCGGGCGAGUGGCAGGCGCUGGCCAACGUCUUCUGACGCAGCCCGCGUCUCCCUCGGACGUCUCCGGAGGCCCACGUGGUGCAGAACGGAGCCCUUGGAAUGUCUGUUUUGGAGCUUCGAGUGUUAAACAUGCCAUCACAGUAGUUUUUAGCUCUCGAGUUAUCCGAAGAAUCAUUGUCUUUCAGAGAUGGGAAAGUGGGGGAGCAUCCUCACUCGCCCGCAAAUCACUGAACUCAGGUACUACAGUGGGCGGCCUCACGCCCGCCCUGCAGCCGGCGUGCCUGUCCCCACGAGCUGACGGGGCCUGCCGGCGUCGUAGGGCGAUUUCUUUGCGUUAGCAAAGGCUGUGGCGUGGCCACGGGAGAGGCCCGACUCCCCUCGUGCUUUCUGUUCUAAGAAGCGUCGCUCACGGAGCACACGCCAGGUUGGCGCCGCGGCUCGGAAACACGUCAGGGCCCAGGGAGGGCUCCCGUGCUCCGCUCCGUGUGUUGUGGAGCGAGUGGAAGCGGACUCUUUAGUCUGCGGUGAGUCCGUGGAGAUGACACCUCGAGAGACGGCUGGACCAGUUCUCUCUCCGUCCCCACGCCUGAUCACUGGUUACCCGAAGGCAGCCCCUGGGCGUCCGCACGGGGGGCACAGGCAGCCCUACACUCGCUCGCGACGGGGACACCUCGCCGGCCAACUGCAGGUCCACGGGCCAGACGCGGCAGAAAGCACAAGCCAUAGGCCGCAGGCGGGAAGCGACGGAGACGCCUGGCCCUGGUCGCGGCGGCGGGGGCCUGCCCGCCGUGGACAGACUCGGACUGGGAGAGGCCGUGGCUGCUGCCCGGGCGUCGGCAGGUGCGCGUCCAUUUCAGGGAACCCUCGAGUCUCAUCAAUGGUGCCACACCCAGCCCGUCCCCACCAGACCCACCCGUGCAGGCAGGGGUGUGCCCUCCCUCCAGCAUUCCAAAGACGGGCAGUCCUUGGUGCGCGCCCCUGCGGAGUUAUUUAUAUGUUCUACAUAUAAGUGCACAUGUACAUACGCAGAUACAGGGCCUCUGUGUGGCCGAACGGUAUAUUUUGUAAAUAGAAGCACUCGCGCCCCCCCCCCCCCCACCCCGGAGAGAGCGCCCGCUCCGCGCCUCCCCGCGAGCACUUCCCACCAGCACUGUGUCCCCGGCGGCGGUGGGGGCCUCCCCGCGGGGCGGGGCGGGGCGGGGCGGGGCGCCGGGGCCAUGCGUGUUCCAAGGAGUGGUUGCCUUUCCUUGCUCUCUGCCUCGCGCUCCGCGCUCCCUGCUCCCCGCGGAGAGCACUUCCACUGUAAACGUCGUCGCAUGGACUCGGUGCGUGGAGGGGCCCGCGUCUCAGGCCCCCGCGAGCGAGCCCGCCCACUCCCACUUGUCUGGAAGGGCGUCUCCUGGGUGUCCCCGUUCGCUUCGGGAUCUGUAUAUAGGUGACAUCGACGGUGAUGUAAAAAGUUUUGUUACGUGGAAAUAUUUAAGUCAGAAAACUGUUAAAUAAUAUUACUUCUUUUUUCAAACUGCUUUGUGUACUGUAUAUUUUUUUAAGGGAAAAAAAGCCUUAUUUGACUUAUUCUUGUGAUACUGGACUUACUGUAUACCCUGAGGCUUUUCUCAAAUGUUGGUGUGUGUGACCUGGCUCUGGUCAGCGUAUUCCGAAUCAUUGUAAUUUUGCCAGAGUUUUAAAGGUUCUGCUUUUAAUGCACUUUCUUUUAUAAUUUUGUAUUAAAGUAUUUUAGAAAUGUUGAUUAAUUUUGGUGAACAAAUAUCCCCAAAGUUGCAACUAUUGGAAUUUUAAAAGAAAUUUUGUUCUUGCUAGUUUAUUUAUUUUGUUUUUAGCAUUAAAUGUCAUCUCAGGACAGUCUCUGAAAGGGGUUUGUUUAAUUCUGAACUGUACAGAAAACACAGCCCGCUGCGCUGUGCCAGCCAACUGCCCGGUGAAGGGCCUUACCCGGUGAAUCUAAAGCCUACCUUUAUUUUGGUAAAUGAGAAGAGAAAAAAGUCUAUGGCUAAUCCACUUUGCGAGUGUUGUCGAUGUAUCAGCGGGCAGACACAAGGCACUGCCGCGUAAGUUGGAUCUGCUUCCCGAUCCCAAAAGCCGCCUCCUUGCAGGGCGUCCCUGGACAACACAAGGGCCGGCGAAGACAGCGCCUGGCGGCCCCGGGGGGCGUGUGGCCGCCCGCUCCGCUUCGGCCGCCGCCCGUGUCCUCGGGCGGGGGGGGCUCCGGCCGUCUCCGCCACCAGGACUGCGCGGGCGGGCAGCUGCGUUUUUAGAGCUGUCUCACGAUAGCACAUCUGUCUAGGAACUACAGCAAAUAAAACAUCAAGUUAGGAGGCGAGAUUUUUUCUUUUAAAAGUUUAAUGUAAGAAAGGUGGGCGCGAGAACUCGCUCCAAGUUCAGAUAGUUUUUAACACACACGCAUUGGAACAUUUUUCUUCCCCUCUGUGAAGUCCAGAGAAGGAAAGCCACCCCCCCCGCCCCCGCCCCCUGGCAAACUCGGCGACACCGAGGCCCCUGGAGGAGGCCCGUGGGCCUGGCGCCCCGUCCAGUCGACGAUGGCAGGCAAGUGUCCCCACGGGACGGCAGGGGUGAGGCGGAACUGUCUCCGCAGGAGUAGGAGCUCCCGGGCCCACUGGCGGCUGCCUUCCGCCCCACCUGCCUGUGCCGGUGCUCAGACACGAGUGGGGGGCGAGUCUGCGGCCCUCGGGGACUGGGGGGGGGCCGGGGUGCUGCUGCUCUGUGUCUCCAACCCCUGUGUCCCCGAGGGCGUGUGGGGACCUGCCCCUACAGGGGAGUCCCAGGGUCCUUUGCAUGGAGAAACGUUAGCGCCACCCAGCGCCAGCCUCUGACUCGGGGACCGUCCCUCGGGGCAGCAUCCGGUGCCCCUCCGCCCAUGGGCAUCUGGAAGGAAACGGGUUCUCGCGCUUCACCCUCUCAGCCGGGGCUUCCUGGCUUCCGCACUCCUGCCCGGCGUGCGCGUGCGAGAGAUGCGCGUGUCAGCGCCCGCACAGGGCUCUGCACGGCCCAGGCCCAGGGGGUGUCGGCGCUCACGCGGGCUUCCCUCCGCGGGAGGAGACCGCCUCCCGUGAAGGUGACACGCGUUUCAGCGGAAGAACGAUCGCUCGGAUGUCCGUGACGCCUUCUUAAGAAAAUGUGUAAGACCUCCGGUGCUGUUU